ACGUCGCGCAGGUAAACAUCCAAGAUGGCGGCGGCGGCGAGCCCGGGCCCGGCGGCGGCCGCAGAGCCGGGGGCGCCGCGGGGCGAAGCGGAGGCCGACGGGGAGGGGAUGGGCCUGACGGACCUGCCGGGAGAGCUGCUGGAGCUGAUCCUCUGCUGUGACGUGCUGGGAGCCGCCGACAUCGGGCGGGUGUCGUGCACUUGCCGCCGGCUGCGUGAGGCGUGUCAGCCCCGCGGCAAGGUGUGGCGGGAGCGAUUCCGCCUCAGGUGGCCAUCGCUGCUGAAAUACUACAGCCACACAGAUGGAGUCAGCUGGCUUGAAGAGUACAAAGCACGGCACAACGCUGGUCUGGAAGCCCAGAGAAUUGUAGCUUCCUUCUCCAAAAGGUUCUUUUCAGAACAUGUCCCUUGUGAUGGAUUCAGUGACAUUGAGACUCUUGGGUGCCCAAGUCAUUUCUUUGAGGAUGAGCUGAUGUGUAUCCUAAACAUGGAGGGAAGGAAAGGUCUCACCUGGAAGUACUAUGCAAAGAAAAUUCUCUACUUCCUUCGGCAGCAGAACAUAUUAAAGAACCUGAAGGAGUAUCUGCAGCGCCCGACUGAGCAGCAGUCGUUUCUGGAGGGUGCUGUUUUCAUAGACCAAUACUGUAACCCCCUGUCAGACAUCUGCUUAAAGAGUGUCCAGGCACAGGUGGAUGAUAUCACAGAUAAAGUGCGCAGAGUCCUGCGGGCAAAGAAUCCCAGACACCCCAGCUUGGCUUCCAAGGCAGGAGAGAUCCUCAUUCCAGAAAUAGAGCUGCAGAGGCAGGUACUUGAUGCUAUGAAUUGUGUCCUGUAUGAGCAGCUAAAGUACAAAGGAAAUGAACUGGAUUACUAUAACUCCCUGAAUUCAUACAUUCACCAGGUUUUGAUCCGCAGGACAGGAAUUCCCAUCAGUUUGUCUGUGCUUUAUUUAACAAUUGCCAGGCAGCUGGGAGUCAAACUGGAACCAGUCAACUUCCCCAGCCACUUUCUGCUGCGAUGGUGUCAAGGAAAAGAAGGAAGCACAGACAUCUUUGACUACACCUACAUCGAUGCCUUUGGGAAGGGGAAGCAGCUGACGGUGAAGGAGUGUGAGUACCUUAUUGGCCACCAUGUGACAGAGGAGUUCUAUGGCGUGGUUACUUCAAAAGAGGUCUUGCAGCGUAUGGUGGGGAAUCUCUUAAACCUUGGCAAGCGAGAGAGCACUGAUCAGUCUUACCAACUCCUGAGAGACUCCUUGGAUCUCUACCUGGCCAUGUAUCCGGACAAUGUGCAGCAUCUAAUGCUCCAGGCUAGGUUAUACUUCCACCUGGGAAUCUGGCCAGAAAAGGUUCUGGACAUCUUGCAGCACAUCCAGGCUCUGGACCCAUCCCAGCAUGGGGCUGUGGGCUACUUAGUUCAACACACCCUGGAGCAUAUUGAGCGCAGGAAGGAGGAGGUGGGGCCGGAGGUGAAGCACCGUUCAGAUGAGAAGCACAAAGAAGUCUGCUUUUCCAUUGGGCUCAUCAUGAAACACAAGAGAUAUGGCUAUAACUGUGUGAUUUAUGGCUGGGAUCCUGCCUGCAUGAUGGGCCACGAAUGGAUCCGCAACAUGAACGUCCACAGCCUUCCCCAUGGCCCCCACCAGCCCUUCUACAACGUGCUUGUGGAGGAUGGCUCCUGCAGAUAUGCUGCUCAAGAGAACCUGGAACAUAACUCUGAGCCUCUGGAGAUCCCUCACCCUGACAUUGGCCGUUACUUCUCUGAGUUCACUGGCACUCACUACCUGGCAAACACCGAGCUGGAAACACGCUACCCCCAGGACCUGGAGCUCACACGUGCCACAGUCCAAAAGAUCUACAGCUCAGGCAAGGAAGCUGCUGUUCCAGUCCUGAAUAUCCCCAUGGGCCUGGGGAAGAGCCCCACCAACAAACCCAGUGACAGUGAGGCUCCCAGGAGUGGCAAGCAUGCUGCUCACAGAGGUCCAGCUGGCCACCUUGCUGAUACAAACCCUCCUACUGCAGAAGAUGAGCUCCUAGAUGUUUUCCAUGCCUGCUAAACACACCCUGGCCACCUUCUUACCUUGGUUUUUGGGCUGUUCAUCAUGUAUGUCCAAGGCAGGAUCAGCAGUGCAGCUGGGAGUGCUCCCAGGGGCAUUUGGAACCUCGUGGCACUGUGUUGCUGGGAGCCUCGAGGUCAAUGCCAGAAUGAUUUUGAUGCCUGGGGAGCUCCCACUCAAUGCCAUCUCCCAUCUCUAGGUAUUUAUGCAGUACAGUGGGACCAUGACUGGGUCUGGCCAAGCCUGGAGUCAGCAGAGCUGUGUACAGAAGAGAGAUGUUCAUUCCCACAGCUUGGAGCCUUCUUCCUUUUUGCCAAAAGAGGACAGAUUUGAGGGGAGCACAGAAUCUGCUGCCCAGAGGGAAGAGUUUUGCCCAGGCAUGUGAAUUUUGAGGUGACUCAAAGGCCCAGACAGAAGCAGUGCAGCAGAGGUUGUGUUGGGAGUGCAGACUGCCAUGGUGCUUGUGCACACACAGAGCCUGCACAUCUCUGUGGGUUCUGAAGCAGAGGCUGGAGGAUCUGCAGGGAAUGUUCUCCUCUCAGUGUGCACAUGCAAUACAGCAGCUCUGUCAGAGCCCAGAAUUGGGCCCUGUGCCCUGGGGUGUUAGGGGGAUGCUCUUAGCCUGUUACAGCCCUUUAGGUAUCACCACAUGCAGCCUCACAGCCCUCCUCUGAACAGAAUGCUUUCAGCUGCCAGCUCAAUGUCUCUGAUGAAAUGAACUUGGAGGGAGGGCUGAGGCCAAUUGUAGGAGGUUUAACAAAGCCAAGGGCUGGAUCCUGCACUUGGGACACAAUCAGCCCAGGCAGUGCUACAGGAGAAGGGCCAGGGGCUGUUGAACAGUGGCUGAACAUGAGGCAGCAGCGUGCCCAGGUGGGCAAGAAGGCCAAGGGCAUCCUGGCCUGUACCAGCACUGGGGUGGCAGCAGGAGCAGGGCAGGGAUUGGCCCCUGUGCUGGGCCCUGGGGAGGCUGCAGCUCCAGGGCUGUGUCAGUGCUGGGCCCCUCACUCACUGCCACAGGGACACUGAGGGGCUGCAGCUCCAGGGCUGUGUCAGUGCUGGGCCCCUCACUCAGUGCCACAGGGACACUGAGGGGCUGCAGCUCCAGGGCUGUGUCAGUGCUGGGCCCCUCACUCACUGCC